CUCUCUUCAAAAAAAUUGACCUUUUCCCUUAUUCUUAGCUUUCUAGAGAAUCGCUUUGCUUCCUUUUUUCUCUCUCUGUCUCUCUCAAUAUAAAACCCCCCAUUGUUAUCACAUAUACUGUAAUAAGCAAUCCCCAUUUUCACUAACUUCUCCUCAAAGAAAAAACACCAAGAAUUCACCAACUACUAAAACCCCAUUUACACCAAUCAACAAAUUUCAAAAACAGAGAUAAAGAAAUGAAGUUAGUUUGGUCUCCAGAAAAAGCAUCUAAAGCUUAUAUCGAUACUGUUAAAUCCUGUGAGAUAUUUCAAGAAUCGAGUGUAGCAGAGAUGAUAUCGGCUAUGGCUGCAGGAUGGGAUGCUCAGAUGAUUGUGGAAACAUGGUCGAGAGGUGGGGUUAUGGCUACAAGUAUUGGAUUGGCUGUGGCAAAUCAUCAUACAGGUGGUAGGCAUAUAUGUGUAGUACCAGAUGAAGAUUCAAGAACAGAGUAUGUAGAAGCUAUGGAAAAAGCUGGGAUGUCGCCAGAAGUUGUGAUCGGAGAACCGGAAGAAGCGAUGGAUGGGUUGAUGGGGAUUGAUUUUUUGGUGGUGGAUUGUAGAAGAAAUGAUUUCGGUAGAAUUUUGGGAGUUGCUAAAUUAGGACACAGAGGUGCAGUUUUGAUUUGUAAAAAUGCAAGUUCAAGAAUUGCUUCUGAUUUCCGGUGGCGGAGUGUUCUCGACGGGAAAUCAAGAAUUGUUCGGUCGGUUUUUCUGCCGGUAGGCAAAGGUCUGGAUAUUGCUCAUGUCGGAGCCACCGUGAAAGGCGGCGGAAAAAAGGGUGGCUCCGGGAAGACAGAAAGUCGAUGGAUUAGACAUUUUGAUAGAGAUUCAGGGGAAGAAUUUGUGAUACGCAAGUGAUGAAGUCCAAAAUUCAAAAUUCUGUUAUAGUAUAUUUUUUUUCUCUUGUUUAAUUAUUUUUCUUUUAGGUUUUUGUGUAUAUUAUAGACGAUACAAAAUUAACCAGGUUCCUGUCUUGCCAAUUUUGAUAUAUGCUAGUGCUUAUCUUUCGAGGUUCUGUCAAAAGCAUUCACUCUACUUGUGAAAUUAGACUUUU